GCCAGCGCCUCUCACUCUGAACUGUCAGCCCAGCCGAGGGAAAAGGGGGGAAGGAGAAAAAAAAAAAAAAGCAGCUGAAAGACAAUCUGCUUCAUCUUGAUUCUGCAGCAUUCCAAACUGUGGUAUCCUUGGGGUUCUCUUAACAUUGCUAUGGUGCAGAAGAUUUAAAAUCAGCUGAUGUUCACAAGGAAUAGAGUCACGUGAUGUAUGAAGGGAAACAUAUACACUUCUCUGAGGUUGACAAUAAGCCCUUGUGCUCAUAUAGCCCCAAACUGUGCAAGCAGCGGCGACUCAACGGCUACGCUUUCUGUAUCAGACACGUUCUGGAGGACAAGACUGCCCCCUUCAAGCAAUGUGAAUAUGUGGCCAAGUAUAACAGCCAGCGCUGCACCAACCCCAUUCCUAAAUCGGAGGACCGCAGGUACUGCAACAGCCACUUGCAGGUACUUGGCUUUAUCCCGAAAAAAGAGAGGAAGAAAAAGAAUGACCCUAUAGAUGAGGUCAAGGUCAGGCACCAGAUGGAUACCAUGGCCUUUAGCCUGACAGUGCCCACGCUGGCCUUGAAGAUGCCCAAUGGACUGGAUGGAAUGUCCCUCUCUCCACCAGGGGCAAGGGUCCCUGUCCACUACCUGGAAACCGAGUUGGAAGACCCCUUUGCUUUCAACGAGGAAGAUGAUGACCUAAAGAAAGGGGCAACUGUGAGAAAGAAGCUGCAGAGCAAGUUGGCCCAGAACCGGCAGCGCCAGAGAGAGACCGAGAUUUUAAAAGUUCGACAAGAGCACUUUAGUCCCCCUCCUGCCCCUUCUCAGCAGCAGCCUCCGCAGCAGCACUCCCACCUGUCACCUUUACCCACUUUAAAACCUCCAGCGCCCCCGCAGGGUGUAGUCUGCAAGUCACCUCAACCUCAGAACACCAGCCUACCAAUGCAGGGAGUGGCCCCCACCACACACACUAUAGCACAAGCGAGGCAGUUGUCUCACAAGAGGCCUCUGCCCCUCCUGCCAUCCAGUAGGGCUCCCGCCGUGGACCCGCCCAGGACUGACCGGGUCCUCAUGAAAGCCACAGCCUUCUCUCCACACUUCUCUUGUAUAAGUCGACUGCAGAGACUGGUGAAACUGUGCACCCAGAAACAUCAGUUGGACACUGAUCUGUUUCCCCAUUUAGGGUUGGACUGGUCUGAAGAGAGUGGAGAAGAACUUGAGGACUCAGAGCAGGCCUCACCGUACCAGGUGGCCUGGUCCAUCCGAGAGACCCUCAGAUACGAAAGACACACGUUGGAUGAUGAUGAUACGGAGAGUAGGAGCUCCAGGGUGACCCAACUUUGCACUUACUUUCAGCAGAAAUAUAAGCACCUCUGCCGCCUGGAGCGGGCAGACUCUCGUCAAAAGAAAUGCCGGCACACGUUCAGGAAGGCCUUGCUGCAGGCGGCCAGUCGAGAACCAGAGUGUACUGGCCAGCUGAUCCAGGAACUGCAGAGAGCUACGUGCAGUCGAGCCAGCAUAAGUCGGACCACGUUGAAGGAGAUGGAAGCUGCAGCUCUGGUUGGAUCUGCUUGCAAUCCAAGGGACUCUCAGGAGUCUUCUCCAACACCACACCACUGUUUCCACUAUAUCCUCUUAAACCGCUCUCAGCAACUCUUCUCAAGUUGCACAGCCAAGUUCGCAGAUGGACAGCAGUGUUCUGUGCCCGUUUUUGACAUUACACACCAGACACCUCUGUGUGAAGAACAUGCCAAAAAAAUGGAUAAUUUCUUGAGAGGAGAUAGCUCCCGUAAAGUUCAGCACCAGCAGCAGAGGAAACCCAGGAAAAAAACCAAGCCUCCUGCACUUACCAAAAAACACAAGAAGAAGAGAAGGCGUGGACCUCGUCGACCCCAGAAGCCCAUCCCCCCUGCAGUGCCCCAGGGGAACCUCAGCAUGCCCACCAGCGUCUCACUGCCAGUGGCGGCCUCCCACAUGCGGAGCCCGUCCACACCGGAGCUGAGCGCUGAUGAGUUGCCGGAUGACAUUGCCAAUGAGAUCACCGACAUUCCAAACGACUUGGAAUUGAACCAGGAGGACUUCUCUGACGUCCUUCCGCGGCUACCUGAUGACUUACAAGAUUUCGAUUUUUUUGAAGGAAAGAACGGAGACCUCCUCCCCACCACCGAAGAGGCCGAGGAACUUGAACGGGCCUUGCAGGCCGUGACUUCUCUCGAGUGCCUGAGUACCAUUGGGGUGCUCACCCAGUCAGAUGGUGUGCCCGUCCAGGAGCUGUCAGACAGAGGAAUAGGGGUGUUCUCCACGGGGACGGGCGCGUCGGGGAUCCCGUCCUUGAGCCGAGAGGUCAACACGGACCUGGGGGAGCUGCUGAACGGGCGUAUAGUCCACGACAACUUCUCUAGCCUAGAGCUGGAUGAGAGCCUGCUCCGUUCGGCUACCUUGUCUAACCCACCUACACCCCUGGCAGGGCAGAUCCAGGGGCAGUUCUCUGCCCCCGCCAGCGUCGGCCUUACUUCUGCCACUCUGAUGAGCCAGAGUGCCCUUGGGGAGAGAGCCUUCCCAGGACAGUUUCAUGGACUUCAUGAUGGCAGCCAUGCCUCCCAGAGGCCACAUCCUGCCCAGCUGCUGAGCAAGGCAGAUGACCUAAUCACCUCACGACAGCAAUACAGCAGUGAUCACUCACACUCCUCGCCCCCUGGAAGCCAUUACGACAGCGAGCACGUGCCGUCUCCCUACAGCGACCACAUCACCUCUCCCCACACGACAUCUUACUCUGGCGACAACAUGGCAGCUACCUUCUCAGCCGAGAUGCCCGUCAUGGCGCCGCACUUGCUCCCGACGCCACUCGAGGUGCCACUCGGAGGGGUCGUGAACCCCAGAACUCACUGGGGCAAUCUCCCCGUCAGCCUCGGAGACCCCUCUCCGUUCAGCAACCUCCUCGUCGCCGACGGGCACCUUCUCUCCACGUCCCUCUCCACGCCGCCCACCACUUCGAACUCAGAGACCACACAGCCUGCCUUCGCCACCGUGACCCCCAGCAGCUCCAGCGUGCUGCCGGGGUUGCCGCAGACCAGCUUCAGCGGCAUGGGGCCCUCCGCUGAGCUGCUGGCCUCCACCUCCCCCAAGCAGCAACUCCCUCAGUUCAGCGCAGCCUUCGGCCACCAGCUGAGUUCUCACAGUGGCAUUCCCAAGGACCUGCAGCCCAGCCACAGCUCGAUAGCGCCUCCCACAGGCUUCACAGUAACCGGUGCCACAGCUACAAGUACCAAUAACGCGUCCUCGCCCUUCACCUCCCCUAACUGAGCGUGUCUGUGUGUUUGCAGGCAGGUGGGGAACCUGGUGUUUUCUAUCUUCCUUCCCCUCUUUAUCACCCGCCCCCCUCUCCCCUUUUUCCUAAAGAAGAUUUUAAAAAUAACAGACGGGGACUAGAGGAGAACUACCCUUUCCAGUUAAAACAAGUUCCCCUGCGGUGGACCUCGCUUCAGUGUUCACAUGUGCUCCUUGCACUGGUGCUCGUUCCCUCCUGGCGGGUCCACCCUCCCCCCAAUGGUUUCCUUAGCGGCUCAGCACAGUGACUGGAUAGAAUCGACUUUCAGCAGCAAGUCCUAGAAGUGGAAGAUACCUCAGAUUACCAGUGCCCUUUACUAUUUCCUAGUAUUGCAGAUCAAUGCUUUCCAUUCUGGUACCAGGUCUUUACACAGGUGGUUCUAGCUAGAAUGAGCCUGUUCAUCGAGUUCUGUGUAAGAGAUGGCAAAUGGUGUGCAGAGGCAGAUUCAAGCCUCUGACUUAGCACCAACUGCUCAACAAACACCACAUGAGGCCAGGAUUCCAUUCCUAAUUGUGAUCAUGUUUAAUUAAAAAGAAAAAGAAUUAGUCUUUUGACUGCCUGUCUGUGUGUGUGCAUCCAUGCGUGUAUUUUUGUGCAGGGCAGGAAGCAGCUGUCCCAUGGUUGUUGGUGGUGUUUUUUUUUUUUUUCUUAUUUCCUAAUAAGUAGAAGUCUCUUCUCCUUUCCCACAUCUCAGAGCCCUAGUAAGGUUGGUCAUUCUUUCCCACUGAGUUAGCCGACUUUGGUGAAUGGAGAAGGGUGGCGGUCUGGCGGCGUGAGUAGCACAACCCUUUCCUGCUAAGUUAGCCCAGAACACAAAAAGCUGAAUUCACAUCAGUGCCCUGCGGAUGUGGUGAAGAGCUUGGCCAGAGGGACUGCAGGGUUGCUGCGAUUCUGAGGUCUGGUGGUUGGUUGUAUUGCCUUUUUAGACAUGCGUUUGUUUCUUAAUCCCUCUUCCCAUGGAAUAUAUUCUCAAGAUGUAAUUAAAGAAAAUAUUUUGAUGUGAAAAGCAGGAUAGUUCAAGAUUGGUUUGAAGAGAUGGGAUCUGUGAACUCCUUGAUCCAUCUUUUGCUUUGGGAUUUUUCAUGUUUACAGUAGUGAUUCUUUGGUAAAGUUUGUAAAAUGUUAAUGACACUUGUAGAAUCAAUGUACCAGUUGUGAAGUGACAUGUAAUAUCUGAAGGAUACACAUUUUAAAAUUUUCUUUCAAAGCAAAAUAUGGAAACUAAACAUAAAUCUUACCCUUUGGUACUUCUAAAAUAAUUUUAAGUAUUUAGGUUUAAGUUUGGGGAAUUUUUUUGAAAUAACAGAUCUUGAAGGUUAAAAAUAUUGGAUAGUUUAGUAAGUUGGUGACUAUAAAAUGAAUAUGUGAGGUUUCUUUUUAACCUGCCUUCUCCCCAACCCCCCACCCUCCGCCCAAGGGUGGAACUAGAUUUUAAAGGCAUCUGUUCUCUGCUUUUGCUGAGAAGUUUCACUGUCCCUUGAGAUACCAUUGGCUAUUUAUACCUGAAUCUAGUCUAAUUUACAUAUAUAUAUUUUAAAAUAUGCGUAGAGAGAACAUAUCUAUUAAUGAUGUGAUAUAAUAAUUCAUUUGUCAGGGAAUAUUUGAUCUUAAUUCCUUUUCAAUAGGUAAAGAUUUGGAUGUAUUUUCCUACUUCCUCUAUGUAUUUCUCUUUAUGCCAUGCUAAUUCUAACCAGUCCCUUCUUUUGAAAGCUUUUCUUUCUCUGCUUUUUAAAGGAAUGAUGGUGAUCAGCAGGCAUUAUGCAGAUACUACGUGCCUGAGAUUAUGGAGGGGAAAUGUCACAUGACUGUAUGAAAUCAUGAUAUGCCCUAUUUUGUAUUUAUUGAAGUUUUCUUUUUGUGG